AUGGACACAGUCAGAAUUCACGACGGUGCUAGGGUUGUCAUCAAGGAAGUCGCCACUUGGAAAGAAGAGAUUCCAAUUGUGUUGUACCUGUCAUCGGAGGCCUUGCGCCAGGAUCCUAGGAACUGCGCUGUACCGAUAUUGGACAUUUUACUCCUCCCGGACACUGACGAAUUCGCUUUGAUGGUCAUGCCUAUGCUUCUUGGCUUUGCCCGGCUCCCGUUCCGACGUAUAGGAGAAGUUGCCGAAAUGUUUCAGCAAUGGCUAAAGGGCAUCGAGCUCAUGCAUGAACAUAACAUUGCAUAUCGAGCUCCCAUUUUUGCUCAUGCCCUUCCUAGUGAUGCAUGUUGGUUUAACCUCAUGAUGGAAACCUCUCGGGUGAUACCAACUGGUUUCCAUUUUGGGGACUGGCGAACCGUUGACGGUGUCCACCCAAUCGUUUGGCGUGAUCGCUGGUCAGUCAGACUGGUCAAGUAUUUUUUCAUCGACUUUGAUUUAUCCCUUCGGUAUUCCUCCAAGAAUAAUUGCUGUGAGAUCGGGCAAAUUGGCCAGGAUCGUUCAGUGCCCGAAAUGGCGACCCCUGAAAUUCCAUAUGAUCCUUUCAAAGCUGAUAUCUACCAGCUAGGGAAGGUUAUCCUCAAAAUAAUUUCUGAGUAUGAGGGCCUUGAGCUAUUCAAGGUCAUUGGGGAAAUCAUGACUAAGGCCAAUCCGGACGAGAGGCCUCUUGCAUCUGAGGCUGCUGAGCAACUAGAAACCCUCAUACUCAGUCUGACUCCAUUAACUUUGAGACACAGGGUCUGGAAGAUCGGUGAAUUGAAGCUUGGUUCUCUUGAUCGCCUUUUUGUCAAAUAUUUUGGCACAAGACGUGUUCGGUAUAUCUACACCGAAUAUGGACAUCUCUCAUUUUCGACUUUCUCUGACUCGAACAGCAGCUGCUUUUCCUUCCCCAUGGCGCCCUCUUUUUUGAAAAAGCACACUCAGGCUUCUCCCUCCGACAUCCCCGAUUCCCCAAGUAAUCUUGCAUGGGCUGUGCGCAAAGACCUUCUCGAGUUGAAGGCAGCCGUAAAUUCGGAACCCAAUCAGAAGCUUCGUCACGAAACCUUGCCACUCGUAGACGAGUUGUUGCGACACAUUGACCAUAUCAUAAGACUCCGCUUCUUUGCUGCGGUCUUCACAGGUGACAGAGCUGGGAAAAUUAGAGAAGAUUACACAGCAGUCCGGUACCAAUAUGAGCCAACGUGCCGUCCUCUUCGAUCCCACAAGGAAGGUUCGAAUUUUCAUAAUCGCUUUGCUACGACACUUCCAUAUGACUUGGUUCAAUUGUCUGAAGAUAUGCACCACCUUCUUCAAGUCCGUUUCAACACCCGUAUCAAGGAGGUGGACCGUCUGAAACUCAUCAUACAAUGGGGGACCUUGGACCAAUGGGGUCUUGGUCACACUCUGAUCUACGCGCACACUCGCAAUUCCGGAGUAUCGACGUUACAGCAGAGAUCCGACAUCCAGAUUUCUCUCGACUUCAAGCGGAUUACGAACAAGCUCACGGAUAAUUACUACUAUUCUAAGGUUCCAAAGCACGCCGGCGUUAGUCCCUCCUCUGCAUACAAUAAUGCAAGUUGGUCGGCUACGGGCCCUAUCACAAAUGUUCCACCCGGCGCUCUAGUUUACAACAACAGUGGUCAAGCAUUUCAAACACCAAGGCCACAAGACACGUCUCAGCACCCAGCAGGCUCCCGCCCCGGAUCAAUUGAAGAUUACCAGGCUCGAUAUUCAGUUGACACAGAGGCCUUUGGAUCUCAGCGUUUAAGUGGUCAGAGUGGAGGCUCAGGCUACUACGAUUAUUACAACGUUGGAAGCGAAUCUUCCGACGGAAGCCUCGACCGUCUGUCCGUUCAAAGCCAAUGGGGCGGCAGCCACACCAGUAAUGCGCCAGGUGACUUUAUCUAUUUUUCUUCACCUCUCCACUGCUGCUCUGUUUUGGUCACCUCUCUCUGCUACAGUCUCCGUACCAUCAUCACUAAUGCGUGUCACCACUCCUCUGUUUUGUUCACCUCUCUCUGCCAGUCUCCAUACUAUCAUCACCAACGCGUGUCUCGAACACGUCUAUGCUUUUACUCUACUCAGAUCAGGAAAAUCGCAAAUGUGUGGCAGGUCGUGAUCGCAUGGCGGAGUGUGGCCGGCGUGAUGGAGCUGGCACCACACCGCCAUAAUUUUGAUCUCCGGAUAAAUUGUGCCAUGUGUGUCACAAUAAUCCUUCACGCCACAGAGCUGUUGUCGCAUUUCACGCUCCUUCCUCCGGUAGUCUCCCUCCACUGCGGCAAUGCAUCACCACCACCAUCUCGAGUAACCAUCGCUCAACCGCACCCAACCAUUAUUGCACCUCAGGCCUCAACGUCACGAACAACGACCUACCCCAACGACAACAACAACCACCUGGGACGUGCAGACGGUGGGCCAUCUGAACUCCCUUCGCUUAUUGUCUUUUACCACAAUGCACAGGGGGGCCACGUCGCUGUCGGUGACAUGGCAAACAACAACAGAUGGAGAAUGACAAACGAUAGACAGCGAGCACGAACAACAGCCAACGACAACGCCAACCAAAACCGACCACGAUCAUUUAUGCAAACGACAACGGAAACAAAUCACAACGAGCUGAGGUGCUACAUCUCCGUCGGCGAUCUGGCAGCCAAACGACGAGCUCAUUUGUUGCCGUCAUGUAUUGACCUCAUUGAUCUCACGGAGGAGGGCUGCAUCAAGGAUGAUUGGUAUUUACGUGUUGUUUUGUACAUAGUAUAA